AUGAAGAAGAUGAGUAGAAAUCAAAGGUUGAAAGAAUGGGCAAAUGAAAAUAAAACACUGCUAUGCUUUAUUGUAGCCAGUUUAUGUCUCUUUGUAUCGAUAGUAGCACUAGCCAGCAAUCAAUGGAGUGCAUAUAUUACCGACAAAAUCACUAAUGUAUCCGAGAUAAAUGAUGUUAAGGUGGAGGAACUUAAUUAUCGAUUGCCAAGGAGCGUUGUACCACAAAACUAUGAUCUCACUUUGAUACCUGACAUGGAAAAUAAAACGUUUAAUGGAUCUCUUUUGAUUACUAUAAGUAUAGUAGAAUCAACUAAAACAAUAACUCUGCAUUCAAAAAAGUUACGCAUAAGAAAGAUGAUUUUAAGAAACAGUCAUAAUAAAAAAAUACAAAUCCCUUCAAUAAGUGCAACCAUAUAUAAAAGGGAGUUUUUAAUAAUAGAGUUAGACAAUGUUCUAAAAUUAGGUGAAUAUGAGUUAUUCUUGACGUUUUCGGGAAAAUUGGAUUUAGGCAAUGUUGGCUUUUAUACGAGUACUCCAAACAACGGCAGCGUUGUAAGGAAAAGCCGGCUUCUAUUAAGUAGUGGCCAGAAUAUUAUGGAAAAAAUGCGGAUCAACGUAAAGUUGUCAGAACGUCUUUCGCCCCUAAUUCGUCCCUUGAAUUAUAAACUUGACUUGCGUCCUAACAUUAGUAAUGGAACAUUUCAAGGGAGUGUAAAAAUUGAAGUUAAUGUUAAACAAGAAAAGAAUCAUAUCAGUUUACAUUCUAACUUUCUGAAUAUUGCUGAUAUAAAGGUUUUCAAAGAUGCAAGUGAAGUGGUUGUAUCUAAGUAUUUGGAGGUAAAGCAACUGGAGCAGCUGUUUAUAUAUUUUGAAACUGCUCUCAGUUCGGGCAAUUAUAAUAUACAUAUUGACUAUACAGGAGAUCUUACACGCAAUAUUGUCGGAUUUUAUGCCUCUCGUCUCUUUGAUGGCAGAACAAUGGUUGCUAGUAAAUUUCAACCUACAUAUGCUCGUCAAGCUUACCCUUGUUUUGAUGAGCCUGACUUCAAGGCUACAUAUGACAUUAAGUUAUGGAAGCCUCCAUCUUAUAUAGCACUCUCUAACAUGAAUGAAAUUGACAGAAGUCGUGAUGACGAGUCAAAUAUGGAUAUAGUUACAUUUGCUACCAGCGUGCCAAUGUCAACUUAUUUGGCCUGUUUCGUCAUUUGUGACUUUGAUAGCAAAGCAAUUGAAAUUGAUUCUGGAAACUAUGGACCCAAAUUUACACUCAGAUCAUUUGCACAGCGACAUGAAUUGCAUAAAAUUGAUUUUGCACAAGACAUUGGGAAAAGGGCCACAGAAUUUUACAUAAAAUAUUAUGAGGUGCCAUUCCCUUUACCAAAAUUAGAUAUGAUAGCAAUACCCGAUUAUGUGUCCGGUGCGACAGAACACUGGGGCCUGAUCACCUACAGAGAAACGUCAUUCCUUAUUGAUGACGAGCAUUCGUCAGCUGCAAAUAAAAUUAGCGUGGCCAACACAAUAGCACAUGAAUUAGCUCACAUGUGGUUUGGUAAUUUAGUGACUAUGAAAUGGUGGGAUGAAGUUUGGCUGAAUGAAGGUUUUGCCUCUUACAUGCAAGUAAAAGCAUUGGAUAAUAUUGAGCCUUCUUGGAAAAUGUUGGAUCAUUUCUUAGUCAAAACUUUGCAUCCAGUUUUAGUGAGUGACGCCAAACUGUCGAGUCAUCCUAUAGUACAAAAUGUGGCCACUCCGGACCAAAUUACCGCCAUAUUUGAUAGUAUAUCAUACAAUAAGGGUGCAUCCAUAUUGAGAAUGUUAGAAGGAUUCACAGGCGCUGAAAAUUUCCGCCGUGGGGUGUCGGAUUAUUUAAAAAAAUAUGAGUAUGGCAACACCGUGACUCAAGACCUGUUGUCAUGUUUGGAGCCUUAUUUCAAAGCGGAUUAUCCGGAUUUAAAUAUUUCGCACAUAAUGGAUACCUGGACUCGGCAAAUGGGUUAUCCCGUAUUGACCGUCAAACCAGGAGACGAACCUAACUCUUACUUUGUGUUACAAUCACGAUUCUUGUAUGACUCUGAUGCUGUAUACGCAAAUGAUUCUAAAUACAACUACCGGUGGUUUGUGCCGAUAACAUAUAAAACUGCAAGUGGUCCGCAUGAACGCCUUUUAUGGUUAUCUGACACGGAUGAGAAUAUUAAAAUUAAGUUAAAAAAUGGUGAAAAUUGGCUCAAAAUCAACAACAACCAAGUAGGCUAUUACAGAGUAAACUACACGCUGCCAAUGUGGCAGACAAUAAUUGAGCAGCUAAAAUCUAAAUCUAGUCAGCUGACGCCAGCAGACAGGAGUCAACUUUUAGAUGACAUAUUUGCCCUAGCCGAAGCUCGCUUGGUGCCAUAUUCAUUAGCUCUAAGUCUCACGAGCUACCUCUUAGUUGAAAACGACCUGAUCCCUUGGGAGACUGCUGCAUCCAUCUAUAGCAAACUGAGAGUCAACCUUCUUAACUCUUUGGCAUACGACAACUUGCAGAAAUAUUUCCAACGAUUGAUACGGCCGAUUUAUGUGAAACAAAACUGGGAGGCUCAGAAUCUGCCAAUUAUGGAAAGUUUACUGCGCACAAAAAUUUUAGGAUUUGCAGUGCAAUGCCAAUUGCCAGAUGCUGAAGAAAAAGUAAAGAAUCUUUUCCUCAAUUGGUUAAAAAAGAAGGACACGUCGGAAGAAGUGAAGAUUGAUCAAGAUCUUAGAGACAUUGUAUAUUUUCAUGGUAUGCAAUCAGGUACACUAUCUGAUUGGGAUCGACUAUUCCAAAUAUACCUGAAAGAAGAUGAUGUGCAGGAAAAGUUAAAACUCCGCAAGGCUUUAGCGGCCCCACGGGACACUACAAUACUUAGAAAGUACUUACUUUUAGCAUGGGACGAAACAAACAUCCGCAGCCAGGACUACUUAAACGUUUUAAUGCAAAUAAGUUUCAACCCAUCAGGCACUGCCCUGAUAUGGGAUGAUGUUAGGGCCCGUUGGCCGCAGUUGGUCGAUAAGUUCACAUUGAACAGCCGCUACCUUGGCAAUAUGAUUCCUAGCAUUACGAGCACUUUCAAUUCUGAUCUCAAGUACAAGGAGAUGGAGGCCUUCUUCGCCCAAUAUCCAGAUGCCGGAGCCGGAGAAAGUGCACGACAGCGAGCUCUCGAAAAUGUCCGCAACAACAUACGAUGGAACACGUAUAAUCUGCCAGGAGUCUCCUCUUGGUUGCAAGCCAACCACAGAGCUUAA